ACAGUACGAAGUGUACGUCUCUGAUUAUGCAUCCUCCACUCACAACAAUUUGACUUGCGAAUUAUGAUUGGGUUGCGUUCCAUUUUACGUUUUCGAUUGCUCAUACAUUUCUUGUCACACUUUAUGACCCAAUACAUUCAACACAUAAUCGAUGUUCACUGCUCGUCAAAGUGUGUCCGUCCAUGUGAAUGUGUUUCAAAACAAGCAGCAGAAUAUGUGCAGACAGUUGACACUUUGAAUUUGUAGCUAACUGUGAUGUGCAUUUGAAACACAGCAAACUACGGGCCAUACAAGCGUAGACAGCAAAGGAUUGAAUGAGAUUAUGUAUUGAGGGCAAGAGGGAGAAAGGGAGAGAGAGAAUUUGGAGAGUGUGCUCUUUGGUAGCUAAUCAACGAUGUAGAUUUCAAGUCCCAUUUCAAAUGCGCACAAGAACAUUGACUUUGAUUUUGUGAUUGUGCCUGUGCUGUGUAUUCAAUUCAGCGUGUACUGCUGCGUGCUCUGUGUAAGACGAACUCUAUGUGAGAUAAACCGCACGGAAAACUAAAUAUUGUUGUGUUUUUUUUCGCUUCCAACUAUAAAAUCAGUGUGACAAGCGCAAAGCCUCCUUGUAUAUUCAAGUAACGCACACUUUUUCAUUUCAAACACAGUCUCGUUCAGAUUUUUUUGCUGUUUUGGAUUACCGUAUGAUAGACAAACGCUCCAAAAACUCAGUUAGCGUGAAUGUAUUUGUGUGGCUAUCAACAAUCGAUCGCAUUUCGUUGCUGUUGUGAAAUGUUAGUCAGACCAAAAAAUCGAUUGACACAGUGUCGCUCUUCUCCAUCGCUAUACACAUGUGUUUGCAACGCUUUUCGUUGACAAUACAACAUUUCGAUCGGAUUGUACAUUGAACCAAUGCCAAAUUUAAAGUGAAUAAUUCGUUGCAAUAACCAUAAUCAUUUCGGUUGACGUAGUGGCAAUAACAAAAUACUGCAAUAAAACACGGUGAAUGUGUGUUGUGUGUGAAAAUGAUUGACAAUUUGAUCGGAUAUCUGAGCAAACGUCCGAUUGCGCCGAUUUUGCAAAGCUCAGCGGAAAAAGAUGAUUUGAGGGCGCUGAAAUUGAUGAGUGUCAUCGAUUAUUACACCGAACAGCGAACGUUGUACGCAAAAAUGACGCAUCAACCGAAAUUACAACAUCAUCUACAGGAUUUUCAUUCGUAUGCCAACUUCAAAUAUUAUGAUUGUCAAGUGAACAGCGCCAUUGGCAAACGCUUACUACAAUGUAAAUUUUGUGAACUCGUCGCACCGUACGCUUUGGUGUUGAUCCACAUGGCGAUCAAUCACAAUAAUCACAUCAGCACAAAAACCUGUGCGUAUUGCAAUCGCCUAGAUAUUGUUGCCCAUGUUAAAGAUGAAUCGCUGCAAAAUUGCUACAACAAGUAUUUGAAGACAUUCGGCUUACGACCAGAAACCAUCAUCACCGAAGUCACCGUCGAAUUCUACAAAUUGUUGAGAGACCUUGCGAAAAGUCUCGGCGUGAUUGUUGCUCGAAAUGACACAUUCGCUGGCAUUGGAUACGCUCGAAUCGAGCCGGUUAUUCGAAAAAUUCCAAAUUUCCCAAGAACUUGCAAAGUUUUUUCGCCGAAAAACAGCUCAAAAGUUAUGGAUAACGAUCAACUCGACGAAUAUUUCGAAAUGGUGAUGGGUUUUAUGCUCGGUGGCAACGGGAUAUCGCGCCUGAUUCAGAAUACCACAAGCAACCAAGGUGACACCGCUGAUGACACAAUUGUCAUUCUCAGCGAUGACGAUGACGACAACCAGGAAAAUGGAAACAAUCCACAACGGCCAACAAAUCAUGCUGUCAAUACAAUCCUGCCGAAUAUUGUGGUGAAAACUGAGCAAAUGGACAUCGAAAAUGAGCCGUUGGCAAGUAACGAGACAGAUGCAAAUCUGCCGCCCGAGCCAGUGAUAAGGCCUAUAGUUGUACAAGUUCGUGAUGAAACACCGCGUCGUGCCGAACAAUCACCUCAAUUAUUACGAUUGGAAAACGAAUCACAGCCACCACAAGCUGGACCACCACCACCACCACCACCACAGAUUGGAACGCCACACACUGGACUACCACAGAUUGGAACGCCACCAAACAAUGCGACCACCGCUGAACGCACGGUAACGGAGGCAGAUAUUCAGAAAGAAAACACCGGACAACCAGCAAACGCAGUUCCACCGAAAAUGGAAGUGCCCGAAAUGCGCAUCAAAUUGGAUCCAGGCGCUGACGAUUUUGGCCGUUAUGUCGCGAAUCGACUAUCUGGUCUGAUGAACCCAAUCAAGCGUCGCAAGCUUGAGCUUCGAAUUCAACAGAAUAUCGUUGACAUCGAACGCGAAGACAUUGAAGCAAUCGAAUGAAUCGAUCGAGGAAAUAAUUUACCCUAUUAAAAUUAAGAUUUCAUUAAUAUUCAUUUGAAAUGAAUUACCAUUUAGAAUUAGGAUUAGGAUUAAGAUCAUUCAGUUAUUCUGAUGUGCACCAACUUUGCACACAAAUUACCGGUGGCAAAAACAAACAUUUCAUUUUCGAUGGAAUACUCACAAUUUGGAUCAAACAUUUUUUUUCCCACAUUUUUACACUGUAUUUCUAUGGAAUACUCGACGAGAGGAAAGACUUAACAACAACAACAAUAGCACCGAAAACCAGUAAUAUUCAUAUCAUUAAUUUUUAUAAACUUCCGUUUUACAUUUUAAAUUGUCGACGAAAAAAAAAUAUCAUCUCUAAUUUAGCUAAUGAUUAAGAUAAACACAAAACUGUACCACAUUGAUAACACAUUGAAUUUCCAUGAAAUUUUGUCAAAUUUUCCGGCACUUCAAACAACAUGAAUAACGACAAGAAAAAACAGUAAGAAAAAGUGACGUUGGAUAAAAAAAAACAAUUCCUUUAAUUGUUUAUCAUCUACAUAGAACAAAAAUCCCCCGACUACAAACAAUGAACAUUGUUGAAUUGAAAACGAAUUAUUCAGAAGAAGAAAAAAAUAAAAUCGGUUAAAUGAAGAUAAAAAAAAACAAAAACAACUUUUUGAAUAAAGUAAAUCAGCAACUUUUGUAAUGAGUAAA